AUGAACCGCAAAAACUCCUGGAAGCCAGUGAUAGAAAAAAUUAACAAUAAACUCUUUGGAUGGAAAUCAAAGACUUUGAGUUUUGGGGGGAGGCUUACAUUAGCAAUUUCAGUCCUAGGGAGUCUUCCCUUUUUUUACUUAUCAAUUUUUGCAGCUCCAGUGGGGGUUAUCGAAACCAUGGAGAGAAUAAGGAGGAAUUUCAUAUGGGAAGGAUCAAAUAACACAUCAAAAAUCCGAUGGGUGGCAUGGGAAAAAAUCCUCUCUCCAAAAGAAGUGGGCGGACUAGGUCUCGGAUCCAUUAAGUCACUGAACUUGGCAUUAUUAUCAAAAUGGAGAUGGAAAUUUUUAAAGGAAAGGUGUGCAUUAUGGGCAAGGAUUAUAAAAGGUAUUCAUAAAAUUGAUAUACAGCUACCAUCUAGGAUGUCAUCCAGAUAUAUUUGUGGUGUGUGGAAAAACAUAGAUAAUUGCAAAACUGCACUGGAGAAAUUAAAUAUUGCAGGUUCUGAAGUUAUUCGGCGAGACCAAGAGGGAACAGGAUGGGAAUCGGAUUUUGAAAUGGAUGGACAGUUUAGUAUUGCAGCCUUAAGGAGGAGGAUUGACCGGGCAAACCAUCUGAUUCCCGAUGGAGUAUUUCAAUGGAAUAAUUGGAUACCCAUCAAAGUAAGUUGUUUUAUUUGGAGGGCAAGAUGGGACCGAAUCCCGACUGCUCUCGCUCUUUCUAGAUGGGGAGUUCAGGUCCAAUCUGUACAAUGCAGUGCUUGUGUAUUUGGAAUGGAGUCAGCAGAUCACCUGUUACUGGAAUGUCCUUUCGUUGCAAAAAUUUGGAACCAGAUCUGGGAAUGGUGUAGAGUCAAACCUCAACGAUGUUCUAGGGUAAAGGAGUUGUUAACUAACAUGACAAUAUUUGGGGAAUGUCUAAAACGGAAGAAAACAUUGCAUUCAAUCAUUUCUGGUGCAUUAUGGGGUAUUUGGAGAGGUAGAAAUGAGAGAGUACUUAACACAAGAUUCGCUUCCCCGGAAUUGGUGUUUGAAGGAAUUAGAUCAGUGGUUCACGUUUGGAUCAAGCAUCAUUAUGGGAAAGGAAAUUUUAUUUGGGGGGGAAUGGCUAAAAACUCCUUUUUAUUUAUGUAA